GAUUGACGUCGUGUCAAAAACGUCACUACGCCGGAAGUGUUGGAAAGAUUAAAAUCCUCUUGAGUGACAGCAGCGGUUUGGUAUAUUGUAUUUUUUGUCUUUCUGUAAGGAUGGAGGUGACACGAACAAAUUUCAAAGACAGUUUAAGCACUGUGUACAGCGCAAUAGAGGAAGCAGACUUUCUCGCAAUCGAUGGGGAAUUUUCAGGUAUUAGCGAUGGGCCCAACGUCAGCGCACUGACUAACGGGUUGGACACGCCAGAGGAGCGCUACAUGAAGCUAAAAAAGCAUUCCAUGGACUUCUUGCUGUUUCAGUUUGGACUGUGUGCGUUCACAUAUGACCAGGCAGAGUCCAAGUACGUCAUCAAGACUUUUAAUUUUUAUAUAUUCCCAAAGCCGUUCAACAGAACCUCCCCAGACACCAAGUUCAUCUGCCAGAGUUCCAGCAUAGACUUCCUGGCCAGUCAGGGUUUUGACUUCAACAAGGUGUUCCGUAACGGAAUCCCGUACCUGAACCAGGAAGAGGAAGUGCAGCUGCGGGAGCAGUAUGAGGAGAGGCGGAGUCAGAGUAACGGAUCAGGAAACCCCUCCUACAUCUCCCCCAACCCAAACAAAGGCCCCGGCAGCGUCCCCGAGGAGCACAGGGAGUACAUCGGACGGGUGGUAGAGAAGGUGGAAUCUCUGUUCACUACCUCAGAGAAGACUGUGGACCUGGAGCCCUGCACUGGGUUUCAGAGGAAGCUGAUCUACCAGACUCUCAACUCCAAGUUCCCAAAGGGCCUUCAUGUGGAGACCUUGGAGACAGAGAAGAAAGAGCGAUACAUCCAGAUCAGCAAGGUGGACGACGAGGAGAGGAAGAGGAGGGAACGGCAGAAACAGGAGAGAGAACAGGAGGAGCUGAAUGACGCUGUGGGAUUCUCCAGGGUCAUACACGCCAUCUCCAAAUCUGGAAAGUUGGUGGUUGGCCACAACAUGCUGCUGGACGUCAUGCACACCAUCCAUCAGUUCUACUGCCUACUGCCAGAGGACCUGAAUGACUUUAAAGAAGUCACUCAGUGUGUCUUCCCCAGGCUGUUGGACACCAAGCUCAUGGCCACUACGCAACCUUUCAAGGAGUUGAUCAACAUCACGUCUCUAGCAGAGCUGCAGAAACAGCUGAAAGAGAGCCCCUUCAAAUCUCCUAAAGUUGUGACGGCGGAGGGGUUCCCCAGCUACGAUACAGCCCAGGAACAGCUCCACGAGGCGGGCUACGAUGCCUUCAUCACUGGUCUCUGCUUCAUCUCCAUGGCCAACUACCUAGGUACUUUCCUGACUCCCCCCAGAGCCCACAUCCCAUCCCAAUCGAAACUCAUCCAACCCUUCGUCAACAAACUGUUCCUGAUGAGGAUCAUAGAUAUUCCCUACCUCAACAUCAGCGGACCAGACCUCCAGCCCAAGAGGGAUCAUGUUCUGUACGUCACCUUCCCUAAGGAGUGGAAGACCAGUGACCUCUACCAGCUGUUCAGUGCCUUUGGUAACAUCCAGGUGUCGUGGAUUGAUGACACGUCAGCGUUUGUAUCUCUGAGUCAGACGGACCAGGUUCAGAUCGCGAUGAACACCAGUCGCUAUGCGGAGAGCUACCGUAUCCAGACGUAUGCAGAGUAUGUCCAGGGCAGGCAGCAGGUCAGGGAGAGCCAGGGCCAUUCUACCCAGUCCUGGGACGAGGACGGCUGGGUUAAACCGCACUACACCUCCCCCUCUACAGUUGGUGCUGGUCCUACUGGCUACAGCUACGGUCACAACAGGCCGUCGUUGGGGAAACGCUGUGUCAGUCCGAUCCAGGAGGAGCAGCCUACAGAGGGAGAGGCUCAGAGACACGCUGACGGAUGGAGUGGCUACACACACUCUCACACACACUCCGACACGGGCAGCAAGAAGAUCAGGACCGACGGGGUGUGUGUACGGACGUAUGCAGGAGUAGUGGACAGUAGGACGUCAGAAGGCUGGCUGAAAACUCAGUCUGAGUCUGAUUCGUCGAGCAUGAGUCCGAUCCAGGAAGAGGCGGGGUCGGAGGCGGUAGACGACGCUAGUGAUCCGGCGGCGGGCGAAUGGCAACAGCAGCCUUCAACCAAUCAGAGCAAGAAGAGCCGCAAGAACAACAGGAUGAGGAAGAGUGAUGGUGAGAACACCAGGAUGAGGAAGAGUGAUGGUGAGAACAACAGGAUGAGGAAGAGUGAUUGUGAGAACAACAGGAUGAGGAAGUGUGAUGGUGAGAACAACAGGAUGAGGAAGAGUGAUGGUGAGAACACCAGGAUGAGGAAGAGUGAUGGUGCAGAGACGACGUCUUCUCUGUUCGACGUACCUCAGGUCUGGUAGCGAUGGAACCCGAGCUCCUGGCUCCUUACCACCUGGGUUCCUACUUCCUACCCCUGGCCACUUGACUCCUACCCCCUAGGACCGGGUUUGGAACGAGGCCUGAAGUUUCAACCAGCUGCACUUAUCUGACUGGCUGAGAGAAACGAAGCCAUAAAUCAUGAUAGGAGUCCUCAGCAUGUGGUAUAGCAGGAUAUUCUUUAGGAAAGAAAAAACGGUCCCAAAUGGCACCCUAAUCUGUAUAUAGUACACUACUUUUAACUACGGCCAAUAGAGCUCUGGUUAAAACUAGUGCUCUAUGGAUUGUUGUGUCCCAAAUAUUUUUUUCACUGCUUUUUUUUGUUGUUGCUCGCACUGUUUUUCAUUUCUGAUUGAUUGAUGAAUCCCCUGUAUCGUGAUGGAUUAGGUAGUUUACCACUCUGCAUGUUGUGCCGCUACUGACAGCUGUUCAGUACAGAGAGAGAGAACUCACACCCAGGCUCUACUCUCCUAACCCACCAGGCUCUACUCUCCUAACCCACCAGGCUCUACUCUCCUAACCCACCAGGC